AUGUCAUUUGGUAUUGUAUGCCAGCUUCUGGAGAGCAACGCGAUGGUAGAGAGACUUUUUCAAGUGCCACAGUCCUCCGUUCCAUCACUAUACGACACGGCGGGCAUGAGAAACGAGGAACCGAUGGACCUGGGCGCUUCGACCGGUGCUGAGAGGACGACGUCUCAAUCAGAACGUUUCACCACCACAUCCUGGCCUCCCACCAGAGAACAGAUAAUCGAGCUAUUACAUGAUCUCGCAGUAUCCUUCGCGACUAGCCCGGUGGCUACCCCGCGAUCCGCGUUCCGCAGAGUCUACUGGUGCUACCUCUUCCUCUGCCAACACGGCGUGCCAAUACAACCCACAAUCACAAGAGCGCUAUGGCAUGCGGGCGUGACACGCUACGGCGAGCAAGGCACGGCAGCCACGCUCCUGAAAUGGAUCCUCCAUCGAGUCAGCGAGGUAGAGGGCGAAGAAGUCGCCAGGCAAUUGCUCUGGAGCGAAGCCUUCCGGCGAUCAAGGACAGAGCAGGUCGAGGCAAGGAGCCAACCCCACGAUCAAGAUGAACAAGCAAUGCUUGCCUUGUUGCGUAGGGAUCAAGAAGAAAUGCCAUCGAAAGUAGACUGCGAGAUGAACAGCCCGACCAUCACGACCGGACCCAAAGUUGCCUGGUCUCCGUUUUCUUCUGCUUCUGCUGUUCCUGCACCGGCAGAGCAGGUCGAGGCAAGGAGUCCACCGCACAAGCAAGACGAACAAGCAAUCCUUUCUUCCUUGCGUGGAGAUAAAUCAGAAAUGCCGUCGAAAAGAGAAAGCGAGACGAACAGCUCAACCAACACGACCGGAUCGAAAGUCGACUGGUCUCCUUUUUCUUCUUCUUCUUCUUCUUCUUCUUCUUCUUCUUCUUCUUCUGUCACGUCUGCUGUGUCUGCACCCUCACACUCGGACCCGUUUUCGGACUCGAACAUUGCCUCACUCCUCACAGCCGACGAAGAACUCGACCGCGCGAUAACGGCCAAAACCAAGUUCCUCCGAUCUCUACCGCCGGAACGACCGUUCUGGUUGCCCCGCGAAAGGACCAACGCAAGAUUCAAAGGCCGCAAUGCAGACGCGGCAGCCACGCCAAUGCAUCAGCAGGGGCUCAGAGAGAACAUCAAUCACCGAAACAGGGCUAGGAUGUCAAGCGGACUGUCGAUCAGGUGUUAUGACCCUCGUGGCGUGGUGUCUUAG